GUUUCCGGCGGCGGUGCUGGCGGCUGCUUCUGUGACUGUGGAGGUGGGCGUGAAGCCCCUUUGGUGGUGUUUUGGCGUCGUGGGAUCCGCUUGGUGUGGUGUGCCGCGCAGGCUGGGGUAGACGGUGGGGAGUGACCCCACAUCGGGAACAUGGCUAUGGAUUGGCUAGGCAGUAUUGUAUCAAUCAACUGUGGAGACAGCUUGGGUGUCUAUCAAGGAAGAGUGUCAGCAGUGGAUCAGGUCAGCCAGACCAUUUCUCUUACUCGGCCCUUCCACAAUGGAGUAAAGUGUCUUGUACCAGAAGUCACCUUUCGGGCAGGUGAUAUUACAGAAUUAAAAAUUUUGGAGAUACCAGGUCCUGGAGACAACCAACAGUUUGGAGACCUUCAUCAGACAGAAUUAGGCCCUUCUGGUGUUGGGUACCAAGUGGGUAUCAGUCAGAAUGGUACGGGCAAGGUGGUCAAGAAGCCAACCUCUUCCAGUAGUGCCCCUCAGAACAUCCCUAAGAGGACAGAUGUGAAGAGCCAGGAUGUUGCCGUUUCUCCUCAGCAGCAGCAGUGCUCAAAGAGUUAUGUGGACAGGCACAUGGAAUCCUUGAGUCAGUCUAAAAGCUUCCGUCGUCGGCACAACUCUUGGUCGUCUAGUAGCAGGCACCCAAAUCAGGCAACCCCAAAGAAAAGUGGUUUAAAGAAUGGCCAAAUGAAGAGCAAAGAUGACGAGUGCUUUGGGGAUGACAUUGAGGAGAUCCCAGACACAGAUUUUGACUUUGAGGGGAACCUGGCCCUUUUUGACAAGGCAGCUGUGUUUGAGGAGAUAGACACCUAUGAGAGGAGAAGCGGCACCCGUUCCCGGGGUAUUCCAAAUGAGCGGCCUGCUAGGUACCGCCACGACGAAAACAUCCUCGAAUCAGAGCCUAUUGUCUACCGUAGAAUCACAGUACCACAUAUUGUGAGCAAGGAGUUCUGCACAGACUCUGGCCUGGUGGUCCCAAGUGUCUCCUAUGAGCUACAUAAAAAACUGUUGUCUGUAGCUGAGAAGCAUGGGCUGACCCUAGAGCGGAGACUUGAGAUGACUGGUGUGUGUGCCAGUCAGAUGGCACUGACUCUCCUCGGAGGACCCAACAGGUUGAAUCCUAAGAAUGUCCACCAGAGGCCUACUGUAGCCUUGCUGUGUGGGCCCCAUGUGAAGGGGGCUCAGGGUAUCAGCUGUGGGAGGCACCUAGCCAACCAUGAUGUACAAGUCAUCCUCUUCCUGCCCAACUUUGUCAAGAUGCUGGAGUCUAUCACCAAUGAACUCUCUCUCUUCAGCAAGACCCAAGGCCAACAAGUGUCUAGCCUAAGAGAUCUCCCUACUAGCCCUGUGGACCUGGUUAUCAACUGCCUGGAUUGCCCUGAGAACGCCUUCCUGCGGGAUCAGCCCUGGUACAAGGCAGCUGUGGCCUGGGCCAACCAGAACCGGGCACCAGUGCUCAGCAUAGACCCUCCGGUGCAUGAAGUGGAACAGGGCAUCCAUGCCAAAUGGUCCCUGGCGCUAGGCCUGCCUCUGCCACUGGGGGAGCACGCAGGCCGAGUCUAUUUGUGUGACAUUGGCAUUCCCCAGCAGGUCUUCCAGGAGGUUGGCAUCAACUACCAUUCACCCUUUGGCUGCAAGUUUGUCAUUCCCCUGCACUCUGCAUAGAGGGCUCUUGGCAGCUGGACCCUAUCUAUAUUCCCCUGCACUUCUGCCGCCAAACCCAACAACGGACGCCUUAAGGAUGUGAAGCUUUGUGGACCUUAUAGAUUCUCUUUUAGGUUUGUUUCUUAUAUGAAAGAACACAAACAUACUUAAAACUUGCCUGCCACCUCCCCUUAAUCAGGGAAGGCUUUCCCACUGGCAUGCAUGUCAGGGAUAGACCAGUGGCUCCAGGCAUCUUUUCUAUCCUACCAUGCCUCCAUUCAAGUGGGGCUUUGUUUACAGACAUAGGCAGCUCUAAGACUGUUUCAGGUUUACAGCCACUGGGCAUAGGCUGGCACCUUGUGGGGUAGGCCAGGGCCUAUUGGAGCCUCACCACCUCAUUUCAGAAGGCUUUGUCUUUUCCAUGCGUCCUCUGGCCUGCAGCCAGCCGGCUCACCCUUGCUCUAAUCAUGUAGACUAGGCUGCUGUC